AUGGCAAAACCGCAGUUCCUCUCUGGCGACAAAAACGCCAUCGACGAAUUCUUGAACAGAUUUGAUGUCUUUCUGUUCGACUGCGAUGGCGUCCUCUGGUCUGGCGAUCACCUAUACGAGAAGGUCCCCGAGACACUCGAGAUGCUGAGGAGUAAAGGCAAACAACUCGUCUUUGUCACCAACAACAGCACCAAGUCGCGAGCGGAUUACAAGAAGAAGUUCGAAAAACUCGGUAUCCCCGCCGAGGUGGAAGAAGUUUUCGGUUCCUCCUACAGCGCCGCCGUAUACAUCAACCGCAUCCUCAAGCUCCCUGCGCCAAAGAACAAAGUAUUCGUCCUAGGAGAGUCAGGUGUAGAGCAGGAACUCGACGCAGAGGGCGUCCCAUAUAUCGGCGGCACGGACCCCGCCUACAACCGAGAAUUUCGGCAGCCAGAGGACUUCGAGGCUAUCGCGAACGGCAGCCUGCUCGACCCGGAUGUUGGCGUUGUGCUGAGUGGUCUGGACUUCCACUCCAACUACCUGAAGACGGCAAUCGCGUUCCAGUACCUCCAGCGCGGCGCGGUAUAUCUCGCUACCAACAUCGAUAGCACGUUGCCAAAUGCGCAUACCCUGUUCCCUGGUGCCGGUGCUUCGGGUGCUUCGCUUGAGAGGGCGAUUGGCAGGGCGCCAUUGUCUCUAGGCAAGCCGAGUCAGGCCAUGAUGGACGCAGUAGAGGGCAAGUUUAAGUUCGACCGUAGCAGGACCUGUAUGGUGGGGGAUAGGCUGAACACGGAUAUCCAAUUUGGUAUUGAUGGAAAGCUGGGCGGAACACUGGCAGUGCUCACUGGCGUCAGCAAGAAGGAGGACUUCCUUGCUGAGGGUGCGAAGACUGUGCCUAUGGCUUAUGUGAAUGCGCUAGGUGACCUGAUGGGCUAA